AUGGCUGAGGGGAAAGCGACUGCAUAGUCCGAUAGGCAGACGCUGAAAAGCGUUUGCUUUUCUACCUAGAUAGUUCUAACUAGAUAGUAUCAUUACAUCUUCCAUCUAUUUAUCAGCCAAAGGAACCUCUUCGUUAGUUCUGGAUAUAUUCAUUUGAUUCAAUCUCUCACAUCCAUCACCUACACUCAAAGAUGUCCAAAAAGUGCACCCUCACCAGGACCCAACGUCCGCGCAGAAAUCAUUUCAAAUUCUGGGAACAAGAGCUCUUCGCUCAAAUGCGUCGUAAUACAAGAAGUCCAAAUCUACAUCUCUACGCUCUACCUUUGCCACCCGAUUAUCAGAAACGCGUCUAUCGGAGAACUUGACGGGCUGGACCUAGAAGAUGCCAAAAAACUACAAGAAGCGGCCGAUGAAAUAGUUGCGCAGACUCGGGAGGAUUUCGUGCAGAAAUUUAGUGAUGAGGAACGCGCGAAUGGGAGAUUGAUGUUUAGAAGAAUUAGAGAGCUUUCUGAGGAUGCGAGUUAUGCGGAGACGCGCGAAGAUCAAUG